AUGUUUUCAUCGAUUACUGAUUCCUCCUCCGAGGACGACAACACCGACGCGUCGCAAGACAUGCUCGGCGACGGGGCAAGGGUUUCGCAAACAGCGGGUUACCCGCCGAGACAGUGCUACCCGCCUCCCGGGUCGCGCGCAGAAUCCGCGAGCUACUACCACCAGAAGCAGGGCGGCAAUGCCGAUGCGGCAGUAGAGCCGCUCGGCCUGAAAGAAUCCACGGAAGCCGUUUUACGGUCCCGCGUGCAAGAGGUUCUGUCGGAGCGGCAAGAGCUGGUGCAGCAGCUGUCGUCGUUCCGCGUGACAGCGGCGUACCGGCAGAAGCGGGUGGAAGCGACCUUGAAAGAGGCGGAGGUGCUCAAAACGAAAUUGGCGGGAGGGGAGAAGCGGCUGGAGAGGGUUCGCGCGCAGCUUGACGCCACGCGCAUCGCGCGAGACGCGGCGGCGCGGGAGCUCGCGGUCCUUCGGCGGAUCGCGCCCGCAGCAGAUGCUGGUACUAGCGACGACGAGGACAGCGACGAAAGUGAUGCGUCGGAUUCAGAGAGUGACGCCACGUCGGAUAGGGGAUGCGGGGGAGCGAGAUCGCGCGGAAGAGGCGGAAUGUGCCGGGGCGCGGCGAAGACGGCGGGGGACGCGGCGUGGCGGAGAGCGGAGCUGCGGAACGUUCUGCAUGAAAUGGCGCAAGCGCUGGAGAAGACCGAAAAGAGAGCGCGAAGCGCUUUGGCGCGAACAACGCAAUUAGAAGGCUUACUGGAGGACAAAAAGGAGGAGCUGGCGGAGGUGCGGAAGGAGUUGCGCACGGCGGAGGGGGAGCGGAACAUGCUGGCGGAAGAGUUGCAGGAAGCCUUCAACUCGUGGGCGCAGCCGCGCGCGCCCGCAGGCAACGCCACGAGGAAGUCAGGGGUGGCGUCGGCUCCGCUGCCGCUACAGCCGCUACAGCCACUGGAGGCGCUACAGGCGCUACGAGCCAAACAGGCGCAGCGCGCCACAGACGGACACUGGCCUGGAACGUGGAUUGAUGAGGGCAAGGGUGGUGGGGAUUACAUGCCGAAAGGGGGAAGCAGAGAUAUGGGUCUCAUCAGCAGAAGCACGAGUAAGGAGGAGCCCGGGGCGCAGAUGCGCGGAAAGGGGUUGAACGGAGAGGGGAAAAGCGCUAAGGGGAUGAUGAGCGGUAGGGGGAGCACGGAGGAGCUCGGUGGGUGGGCCCGCGCGUCAGCGCUGUUGCUGGCGGGUCAGAUGGAGCCGCGCGUGCCUGGAUACCUGCGCGCGUCGCUAGAGGUCCCCUGA